GGGGGGCGCAAGUAAGUUAACAAAGUGGGAGGGGGCAAUAUCCCCGAGUACGGUGUCUUGGUCUGUGGUACACCUGACCAGAUAUAUAGAGCUAGGGCAGGGCUUCCGUUACUUACAGUCCACGUAGAGUGUUCUCGAGGGGAAUUAAAGGCAUGAAGAUGAUAUUCGCCCACCGUUACGUUUUCAUUGGUCUGCUGGUGGCUGGGGUGGCCUCGGCAAGGUCAACUGAGACUAAAGCCAAUUCUAUUGAUGAGCAGAGUGGUAGAUCGUCUAAUGGUUUAUUCGGAGAAUUGCGGUCUGUUUAUCAAAUGUAUAAGGAUUGCUCGGGCGCUGAGCUGAGUUCAUGCCUGAAGCUGAGACUCUUGACGGCUAUGGAUCGGGUCGCCAGGAGUGCGCAGCUGAAUAUUGCUGAGGGGGUCACUGUUGUCAAGGAUGACAACAUUCAGGAGAAGGAGGAAACACCAAAGACACCGCAGGAGAUCGAAGCCAAUUUACCGCGGUCCCUUGAGGACAAGGAAGAUGCCCUCAACACCAUGAUCUUCGAUAAGUUUAUUAGAUUCUUCCAGAGUCAUACGUUGAAGCUCAAACUGCCAAAUGUUGAGGAGUUGUCUAGGAGUCUGACGGAGGAAGCCCGAGGCAAGAAGAAGAAAGGCAUGGGUGGUCUCCUGGCGAUUCCCCUGCUGAUCGGUGGUACCCUAGUACCCCUCGCCCUCGGUGCCCUGGCCCUUCUCGCUGGUAAGGCCCUCAUCGUCUCCAAACUCGCCCUGGUCCUCGCCUCCAUCAUUGGCCUCAAGAAACUCGUAUCCAGUCACGAUCACGGACACGAGGUGGUCCAAGUUGGUGGACAUGGUGGCAGUGGAUGGGCGAGGGCUGGUCAGGAGCUCGCAUAUUCAGCUUACAAACCAGUUAAUGCCUCGUAAAUUCGGGCCCUAAAGUCCCGAUCAAGAGCGUUAAUCAACCCCUCAUUCUUCACUUAUUUAAAAUCCUCCCCUUCACCCAUCUCCCAUCAUCGAUCCUCCAACAUGGACGGGAUAACUCUCACCCAUGUAGCUGCACUGUGAUUCAAAUAUUUUCACUUCUUUCCUGAGAAAUCUACCCUCAAUAUUUUCCCCCUUCAUCGUAACUAAUGGCACCCAGCACUGAUCGUUUCCUAUUUAUUAUCUCAUGUCUCCUCCCCCCAUCAUCCUCCAUUAUCCCCUUUCCCUCCUGUUCUCCCUAAUCACCUCUCCCUUUACCUCAUCAUCAGCACAGAUCGUUAUCAUCUCACAGUAUUUAUUUGUACCACAAAUGUAAUAUUGUAAGUCCAAUCAGGUCGUCGUAAAUCAAGAAAGAAAAUGUAUAUUUAUAGAACCGAAAUUUUCUUUUCAAUCAAGACGAAGAAAAAACAAGACAAGAAUGAGACUAAUAAAUGAUAAGACCUA